CAGUUAUGUUGUUGCCUGUGCUCACCUUGAUCACUGGAGACCUGAGAACAUAGCUGAAGCUGCUACUUCGUAUGCAAAGGCUGAGGGAGCAGACCUUGAACCUUGAGGUGGGUCGUUAAGUCUAAGAUGUCCUUGAGCAGUGGAGCUUCCGGAGGGAAAGGAGUGGAUGCAAACCCAGUUGAGACGUAUGAUAGUGGGGAUGAAUGGGACAUUGGAGUAGGGAAUCUCAUCAUUGACCUGGACGCGGAUUUGGAAAAGGACCAACAGAAAUUGGAAAUGUCAGGCUCCAAGGAAGUGGGGCUACCUGCACCCAAUGCUGUGGCGACACUGCCAGAGAACAUCAAGUUUGUGACUCCAGUGCCAGGUCCACAAAGCAAGGAAGGCAAAUCCAAAUCCAAACGGAAUAAGAGUAGCAAGGACAGUGGCAAGGCUGCCCCAGGAUCUGCUUUGUUCACUCCAAGUGAAGGGACCAGUGGCAAGAAGGAGAUUCAGGGGCGCCCUGGAGAUGGCAUGAACACUGGUGGCUUGGUAGCUGCCAUUGCCCCGAAGGGCUCUGAGAAAUCAGCCAAGGCUUCUCGUAGCGUGGCCAACUCAAAGAAGGAGAAAGAGGGAAGUUCGUCCAAGAAUAAGAAGGAAAGGAGUGAAGGUGCAGGUGCUGCACCAGAAAAAGAACCCAGUGUACUUCAGCCUCUUGCUUUGGCUGUCAGGGUUGGGCAGUAUGAUGGCGGCCAAGGAUCAGAGCCUGCUGUGGCGGUUGCAGCUGCUGAGCAGCUUGGAAGUAUAGCUAUUGACACGGGAUCUGCACUUAAUCCUUUGGGAGUUAAAUCGGAGCUGGAAGAUGGUGACAGUGAAUGUCGACAGCUCAAAAAGGUCAAAUCGGAGAAGAUGGAGUCUCCAGUGUCCACCCCUGCAGUGCUACCGUUGCAUCUUCUUGUCCCUGUUGUCAACAGUGAUAUAUCAUCACCAUGUGAGCAGAUAAUGGUACGCACUCGCUCUGUAGGGGUGAACACAUGUGAUGUGGCACUGGCUACUGAGCCAGAGUGCUUGGGCCCCUGUGAACCUGGCACCAGCGUCAAUCUGGAGGGCAUCGUGUGGCAGGAGACAGAAGACGGUAUGUUGGUGGUGAACGUCACCUGGAGGAAUAAGACUUAUGUGGGGACAUUGCUGGACUGCACUCAACAUGAUUGGGCACCACCCAGAUUCUGUGACUCUCCCACCAGUGACCUGGAGAUGCGAAAUGGUCGAGGAAGGGGCAAGCGCAUGCGCCCCAAUAACAACCCACCUAUGAACGAAAGCACAGCUGCUUCAGAGAGCAAAGGGACCAGCAAUAGUAGCAAGACUCGGGCAGGAGCCAACAGCAAGGGGCGCCGAGGCAGCCAGAACUCUUCAGAGCACCGCCUCCCGCCCAGCGGCACGCCCGAGGAUGUCAAGGCCAGCCCUUCCUCUGUGACCAAGCGAAAGAGCAAACCCCUCUCUGACUUGGAAGUGAAUUCCAGCUCCGAGGACUCCAAGGGGAGUAAGCGAGUGCGCACAAACUCCAUGGGCUCAGCUGCUGCACCGAUGGUGGCGGCGGCGGCGGCAGCUGCCGCAGCUGUGGCUUCAACUACGGUCAAGGUGGAGCCUGCCAUUCUGGAUAGAAACUGCCCGUCCCCCAUCCUCAUUGAUUGCCCCCAUCCCAACUGUAGCAAAAAGUACAAGCACAUCAAUGGGCUCAAGUACCACCAGGCCCACGCACACACAGAUGAUGACAGCAAGCCUGAGGCUGAUGGGGAUAGCGAGUAUGGAGAGGAAUCGUCCCUUCCUGCUGACCUGGGCAGCUGCAACGGUGCCUCUGGUAGCCAGAAGGGCUCUCUGUCUCCAGCUCGAUCAACCACUCCCAAAGUGCGGCUGAUAGAACCCCACAGCCCUUCAUCAUCCAGCAAAUUCAACACUAAGGCUCCUUGCAAGAAGAAACUAGGUGGUGAGGGAGAUCCUGAUUCCGGGGCUCUUUCCAAUGAUGGCUCUGAGGACGGUCCUUCAGUCGCUGACGAAACAAGCAAUGAUGGCUUUGACUCGAUAGAAAAGAGGGGCAGCGACAAAGAAAAAUCAAAAAAGCCCCUCAGCGUCAAGCCGGAGAAGGUAUCUUCAAAGAGCAUCAAGUCUGCCCGUCCUAUUGCCCCGGCCAUUCCUCCUCAGAUCUACACCUUCCAAGCGGCCACGUUUACUGCCACAAGCCCUGUCUCCUCGACAGGGCUCACCACCACCGUUGUGCAGGCCAUGCCCAACAGCCCCCAGCUGAAGCCCAUCCAACCCAAACCAACGGUCAUGGGAGAACCUUUCACCGUCAGCCCAACACUUACUCCUGUCAAGGACAAGAAGAAGAAAGACAAGAAGAAGAAAGAGUCAAAGGAGAUCGAGAGCCCCUUGACGCCUGGGAAAGUGUGUCGAGCCGAGGAGGGCAAGAGCCCAUUCCGAGGAGAACCCCCUGAUCUUGGGGCUAAAGGGGAGAGCCUUCUGAAUGGCUCCACUGACCCUCACCAGAGCCGUCUUGCCAGCAUCAAGGCUGAGGCGGACAAGAUCUAUAGUUUUACCGAUAAUGCCCCAAGCCCGUCUAUUGGAGGGGCCAGCCGACUAGAUAGCGCUGCAGCACCCACGCAGCCCAUGACUCCACUUCAUGUGGUUACUCACAAUGGUGCUGAAGCUAGUUCUGCCAAAACAAAUAGCCCGGCCUAUUCUGACAUCUCAGAUGCAGGGGAGGAUGGGGAGGCUAAGCUGGAGAGCAUGAAGGUGAGGGAUCCUGAGCAGCUUGCCAAGGAAGGGGCCAAAAAAGCCCUCUUCCCAUCUCAGCCUCAAAACAAGGAGUCUCCUUAUUACCAGGGCUUUGAAGCUUACUACUCACCCGGUUAUGCACAGUCAAGUCCAGGGCCUAUUAAUCCCAACAGCCAAACUGCCAUGGAUGGCCAGGCCUUGAAACUGAAGAAGGAUGAGGAGCCCCCAAGCCCAGAGGUGAAGGUGAAGAAUGAAGCUUGUGAGGAAAAGAAGCCGGAGUUGGGCCCCUCCAGUCAGCAGCCUUCUGUCAUCCAACAGAGAUCUAAUAUGUACAUGCAGUCGCUUUACUAUAACCAGUAUGCCUAUGUGCCUCCUUAUGGCUAUAGUGAGCAAGGGUACCAUGCUCACUUGCUGAGCACAAACCCCACCUAUAGGCAGCAGUAUGAAGACCAGCAGAAGCAGCGACAGAGCCUGGAACAGCAGCAACAGCAGCAGCGUGGGAUGGACAAGAAGGUGGAGCUGGGGCUGAAAGAGAGGGAGGUAGCCCUCAAGGAGGAAUGGAAGCCGAAGCAAUCUCUUCCUCCCACUCUAACCAAAGCACCCAGUCUGACUGACCUGGUUAAAUCCGGACUGAAUAAGGCCAAGGAUCAAGGGGGUGAUGUGGCCAAGUCCGUCAUUAUUCCCAAACUGGAGGAUUCCCUAAAGCUGCAAAGCCAGACGGCAGAAGGCCUCAAGGGAAAGCUAAGCGACAGCCACCUCAGCAAGGAGACCACAGAGUCAAAGAUUGCCUUGGACUGUGGCCGCCAGACAGAAGUAGACCCAGUGCUCUGGUACAGACAGGAAGCCGAGCCCCGUAUGUGGACCUAUGUUUACCCCGCUAAGUACUCCGACAUCAAGACAGAGGAUGAGCGGUGGAAGGAAGAGAGGGAUCGGAAGUUAAAGGAGGAGAGAAGUCGCAGCAAAGAGCCCAUUGCUAAGGAGGAUGGGAAAGAAAGCACAAGCUCUGACUGUAAAAUGCCCUCCAGUGAGGAGUCGCGCCUAGUGGGGAAGGAGGCCAGGCCCAGCACACACGUGCCCGUGUCCUCGCCCCUCAGCCAGCACCAGUCGUAUAUCCCGUACAUGCAUGGCUACUCCUACAGCCAGUCAUAUGACCCCAACCACCCCAGUUACCGUGGCAUGCCCACUGUCAUGAUGCAGAACUACCCAGGUUCCUACUUGCCCUCCAGCUACUCCUUCUCUCCGUAUGGCAGCAAAUCCUCCGGGAGCGAGGAGAGUGAGAAGUCCCGAGCGAGCCCCAGCAUUGGCUGCAAAUCCAGCUCUGAAUCCAAGGCCUUGGACAUCCUUCAGCAGCACGCCAGCCACUAUAAGAGCAAGUCUCCAACGAUAGGCGAGAAGGCCUCUCAGGAGCGCAGUGGCUGUGGGGUGGGAGGCAGCAGUGCGGGCUGCAGCGGUGUAGGGGGAGCCGGUGGUGCUGAGAGAAGCGUUGACCGGCCACGCUCCUCUCCUUCACAGCGUCUGAUGUCUACACAUCACCAUCACCACCACCUGGGCUAUUCAUUGUUACCGGCCCAGUACAACCUGCCCUAUGCAACAGGUCUUUCAUCUACAGCCAUUGUUGCCACUCAGCAAGGCUCUGCUCCUUCCCUAUAUCCCCCACCCCGGAGGUGAAAAUGGACAUGAUGCGAUUGGAUAACCUAGGCUAUACUAUACUAAGCCAUGUGACUGGCUCACAUGAGGAAGUGCUGGAAAUUGCGUAAGACAUCAGUUGAAUGGUGUUGAUUGUUCUGCCUGAUGGUCCUGCCGUAAAGCGAGGCAGGCUCCUGCCUCCUCCCCAUUGAACACAAGCUGAGCCCCGUAUGUGUGAGUUGUGGAGCUGGGACUUGCAGAAAUAUUUAUUCACCUGACUUGGGGUUGACUGGCCAAUUUCCAGAAUUCCUCUGGAGUAGGGACUCCGUGGGCCAAGCAGUGUGGCAUUGCUGGACACUUGGAAUCAUGGGAAGGGAGGCCAUGUGAGCCCCCGGAUUCCAUUUGCAGCUCUUC